AUGGAUAUCAAGGAGGAAAAGCAUAUCAACGCUGCGCUUCAGGUUAGCAAUUUCAAGACAGCGUUGAAGGAGUUUGAAAAACUGGUUGAACGUACAGCGGCCCAAAAAAGGGACGAAAGAGCAGGCUUGUUUAUCCAAAAGGAAGAUACAAUUGAUUGUGACAAGUUUUAUGCGACAGUACAGGAACUCUUUGGUGCAGAAGUGAAGAAUCAAGAUGUGAAAUGCUUUUACAGGAAACUCUGCAACAACCCUGAUGCAUCUAUAGACUGGUGUGAGAUUUUUGGAUACUUCUCCUCCUCUGAAGAUUCUCUUACUUCCCAGAUGGAUGAAGAAAAUUUGGUUUUCCUCGUUUCUAGGAAACAGCGAAUUAUAAUUUCAGGUAGCAGAAGACGGGAUGUGAUUAAGUGCAUUGUCAAGAUCCCUCAGUUGGAUUUACUAAUAGCAGCUUCUCAGAAAGGAUUAAUAACAGUCUUUAAUAGCCAGGAUACCUCCUGGAUUACAGGAUGUGACUACCUCUCCCAGCUGAAACGCAUUGUCGCCACUACAGAAAGGACCAUUAUUGUCUGGGAUUAUAAAGCUCAAGGGAGCAGCCAGGAAAACUAUUUUGUCAUAAAGCCCAUGGAUCACUGCCUCCUCUGUGUGUGUGUAGUGCCUCUGCAAGACCAGCUCUGCCGGGACGACAUCCUCUUGGGGGAUGAUGGUGGUUUCGUGAACAAAUUCACAGUAAAUAGUGAUGACUUUGGACUGAAGCAGGCAAAAUCCAAAAAAAAGUUACAAACUCAGGUCUUGGACUCAAAGAACUUUAAAAGUGUUAAGAGGAAGCUACAUAAUGACUGGGUUAUGAAAAUUAGGUAUAUCUCAGCCUUAAAUUGCUUUGGAUCCUGCUCCUUAGAUAGUGUUCAUUCACUAGUUUUGGAAUCCUUGAAGAGACUUGAGGAUAAUUUGCCUGUCAGAGAGUUUUCCAUGCCAAGAGGAGCAAACACCUUUUGUUACUGUAUAAAAGCAAAUGUGAUUGUCACUGGAGGAGAUGAUAAAGUGCUCCGUUUGUGGCAUCCCAACAUCAGCACCAAGCCCGUGGGGAAACUUGUGGGCCACAUGUUCAGUAUCACCGAGAUCGUGACGAACGAGAAAGAGCAGCACGUCAUUAGCCUUUCCUCUGCAAAGGUUUUCAGAGUGUGGGAUAUACAGACUCUUUCACUAUUACAAGUCUUCCAUGACAGCCAGGGAGGACCAGGAGACAUGCAGAUUUAUUCUAUGAUUUAUGAUUCCAAUCACGGCAUGCUCAUUACUGGCUCUAGUGUUAUAGACAUGUAUCCUUUGACCAGGAUGAUCCAAGAUACAAAACAGGUUCCUCACACUCACGAACGAGAAAUCAAUGUCAUGCUUUACAACAAGUAUUUUCACCAGGUGCUUACCAUCUGCUCUGAAUCCAUAAUUAAGGUAUGGGAACUCGAGACUGGCCUCCAAAUAUACCAGAUUUUAGACCCUCAUGGUUUCAAUGUUGAACUGACUUCCGCGGCUAUUGAUGAAAGUGGAUUUCUUUUUGCCACAGGAGCAUAUAAUGGAACAGUUAAAAUCUGGGACUUCGGCAGUGGGCAAGAGAUGAAAGUGUUGCCAGAAGGAAAGGAUUGGAAGGAGGAGGAGCAUUGGCUGCAACGCCUGAUUUUCCUGAAAACUCAGGAGAAACACCAGCACUUGGUCCUGGCCCUGGAGCGCAAUGGGAAGAUCAAAAUGCUCCAGGGCAAGGAGGAUGAUAUUUGUCUCACGGUGAUAUGGGAGCUGCCCGAUGCUGUGCCUGUCCUACAGGAUGGGAAUCGUGUUGUGCAUCUGAGGAUGUCUACUAAAGAUAGGAGAAUGGCUAUUCCUUUCCCAGAUGUCGAGUUGAUAGUGGAGAAAAACUUUUCUCAACAUGUUAAGAAUCCUGCCAUCAGUGUACAAGUGAACUGCAUUGAUUUAUUACAAAUAGAAGGAUAUAAUUUGAUAGCCGCUGGAACCUUAAAUGGUGUGAUCAUCUUAUGGAAUUUUGUAACAUCUACUGUCGAAGAAAUGUACAGACCCGAAGAUUGUCUCGCUGUGGGUCCUGAUUUGGAUCCCGAACGCUUUAGAAUUAAUGACAUACUGUUUCUCUUUCGUACCCCUGAAUGUGCAAGGAGGUCAAGUCAGGAUUCCAUAUGCUCUUCAUCCCAAUGUGAUUCUAGUCGGGGUCCACAGAGCAGCAAGGGAAGCAAACAGAGCAUCCAUGAGAGUGAGGUCAAAGGUGAGCAAAUAGACGUCACAGCAGGAAAGCAACAGCCAGUGGACACAAAGCAUCCUGGGGCCACCAAUCUAACAGACACUCCACCACCUAUUCUCGUCACUGCACACGAGGAUGGACACCUCCGCUUGUGGACGAUGGAGGGAAAACUGCUGAAAGAUAUGUUACCUUUCACAAAGCAUUCUGCCAUUUCUCUGACAUCGCUGUGUACGGACUCGUGUACCACGAGACUACUGACUGGGAAUGUGGAAGGACAUGUUAUCCUUUGCAGUAUCAGUUCCUUCCUGGACCCACCUCAUGAUGAAAAGAAAUUCAAGCAGCUGCUUGCCUGGCGCGCUCAUUCUCUAGAAAUUACUCAAGUGAUCUACGUAGAAGACAAACAAGUGGUGCUUACUGCCUCCAUCGACGGCUCAGUGAGGCUCUGGCAUGCCCACAAUGGUCAUUACUGUGGAUAUUUUGGACAGCAAAGGAUCUUUGAAAUAUCACAGACAAGUGAUUUCAUUUUGCCUUGUGAUGUUAGUGAACAUCCCAUAGAAAUAAAAGAAGAAAGCAAAUUCAUAGAGAAGAAGCAAAAAUAUGAAUAUCCUCUGGUAUUUGACCAGAAAAGAUGGAAAAAAAUGAGCUCAAUGUCUUUGCUUUUCAAACGUACACCUCCCAAGACUUUUGAAGUGGCACAUGAUUUUAAGUUUUUCAAGUCUCUUUCUUCACCCAAGAUUCAAAGACAUGCCUUGGAAGGUUUCAUGACUGAAAACAGAGAGGCAGGGAUUGUAUUUGGUUCUCUGCCUAUAUAUAGGAUACCAAGCCCCACUAGUCUAAAAUUCCUUCCACUCAUUGACUCAGAAGCACUAAGGGACUCUACAGAUGGCAUUCCCGGAAAAAAGAAGGGAGGUCACGUUCAACAUGAAAAAGCACCACGGAGGAGAAGUCUGAAAAGAAAUUUGGUCCCACAAAUAAAUCUGGCUUCUUCCUUCUUCCCAGCCAUCCCCAAGUGAAGAGAGAAAAGUCAGAAGUGGCUGCUGUGGCCUGAGCUGCACGUAAAAUGAGAAGGUCUGAAUGAUACUCCAGCCUUUAUUUCAGGAUGAAAGGGAGGGUCCACCAGCCACUGUCACCAUAUCUGUAUCCUCAGGACAUCCUAUCGAUGGAGAAGAUUGCUCACGGAGCUCAGGUGGCCUCAGUUCUGAACACCAAGCAAGCAGCAAGCAGCCAGUUGGCCCACUUCUUUCAUACAUCGAAAUCCACUUAAGGAAUCAGGCAAAUGUUUCUUGUUUACUGUCAGCAAGAUGACACGUAAGGAAACAAA